CAAUUUUUACGGCAGAGUUGGUAGUUUUGAAGUAAAAGUUGCAAAGUGUCAACGAAGCGAAAAAAGUUUUGCAGAAAAGUGGCUAAUUUAUGUAAAUUUUCCAACGAAUCGAAGCGAUCCCCCGAAAAUUCGACCGAUUUCGUUACUUACUUACAAUGGGGAUCCCCAAAGAAGACAUCAUAACGAACAUUCGAGCGUGUUUAGUAUCAAACAAGGGCCAAUGUACGUUACGCCAACUCCAUUCGGAUUAUAAAACCUUAAUAGGCUGCGAAAUCGAUUAUAAAUCGUUUAAAUUUAGAUCGUUAGAGGAUUUUUUAAAAUCCCUCGGCUCAUUCGUUCUAACCCAAACCAACGGACAAACUUUCGUAACCGCCAAAGUAUCAGAAAAGUCAGAACAUGUCGUCGAUUUAGUCUCAAGACAACGAGGGACGAAGAAAAAACGCGUGAUUCGCCAGCGUUCGACUCAAACUUACAACAGAUUCCAACAAUCGAAACCGACGACUCGUUGGAGGCCUAAAUAUUACAUGGAAAAGGAUGAAGAGGUCGAUAAAAAGAGAAAUGCGACAAAAAAGGAGUUUGUUUUGCAUCGGCAAUACGUUACAAUGGGCCCCAAUGACUCCGUUUGUGUCGAAAACAACAAUAAAAGUGGAGUACAAGAUUUAAGACAAGUUUUGAACGAUCGUAAAAAGAAAUUGGAGCCCCAAAAAUCGUUAAAAGUGUUUUCUGAGAAAACAAAUAUCAAUAAAAUCAUGGCGGGGUUCACUCCGAACACGAAUAUAAAUGGCUCUGGGGAUGUUUUGAAAGAAUUAAAACCGAAAGUCGUUAAUUUUGAUUCAUGGACAAGUAGUGAAGGGGAAGAAGUGAUUAGACGGACUAAAACAAGCAUUUCCGAUAAACAAAAAAAAUUAGAAUUUACCGGCGAUUCAAUAAUCGAUUUAGACGCCUUCACCAAACACCACAAACUUCCAUCACCCCAAUACACGAUCGUAAAACGACCCACAAAGUACCCCCCGAAAAUUCUUUACGAUUGCAAAUUAAAAAUCGGCGAUCAAGUUUAUUCGAAUUACCCGCAAGAAUUUCGGGACGAAAACACCUUGAGACUGUUCGUGUCGAGCGUGGCGUUGGAAGAUUUAAAAGGGAAGCAAGAAAAGCGCGCCUCCCUGCUCAUCUCGGCCGAUCAAGACGUCCUCGAACGCAUCCCUGAGCUUGUCAAAAAACAUUACCACGGCAUUUGGAACUCGCAAAUCGAAUUGGACUACACCGAUUUGUACAAGGAGGCGUUGCCGCUUAAUUGGGUGGAAGUCGUCGAUAAAAGCCCCAUGAUUUGUGUCGAAAAAGUUUCUGAGACGCGUUAUGUACUAAGAUGUUGUAAGCCGGAAGAUAUGUUCCAGAAAGGAAAACCGAUCGGAUUAUCAGCGUACAUUUACGACGUUUCCGUCCCAACGAACGUAGUGCACUUCGGCAAUGGGGGCGACGCGAUAAUAAUGGCUGAAAUAACUUGCGUCGUUUCAGCGAGAGAGAUUUGGUGCCGACAAUUAGAAACGGACGAAUCGGAAGCUUUCGAUUUAAUGGUGAUCGACUUCAACAGAACUUACGAGAACAAUAAAGCGAAGAAGCGGCCCAUUAAGAUCAGCGAAGGUGGUUAUUACGCAAUUUUUUUGGAAGUUUAUCAUUGGUGUCGAGUGCGAGUCAUCGAAACGAACGGAUCAAAAAUAAAUUGUUUUUUAAUUGAUUACGGGGAUGAACUCGAAGUGGACGAGGAGCAAGUUUUUUUGUUGGAUCCGAAAUUCGCGAGGCGACAAGCCCAGGCUUUCGUGUGUCGAUUAGCUGGAUUGGAAGAACUGUACGAGGUUUCCGCCCAAUCAAGUCACAUCCAAGAUUUGUGGUGGAAAAUGGUUCAAUUAGAAACUGAGAAUAUCGAAUCAGCCGUUCACGAUCCAACGGCGGCGAUUUCGGCCGUUUUCUACGAUGUCGAAACGAACGAAUCGAUUAAUAAGAGAUUAAUCUCCGAUAUAACCUUCGAAUCGGCUAAUCCUGUUUUAGAUAAGAUGGGAAUAACCGAAGUUACGAUCACUUACAUCACCGAUUUAGGGGACGUUUUCGUGAACAUUGUUUCCCCUGGACUCGAUCGUCUCAAUAAUUUAUUAAAAGACCUCGAAGUAAACAUCAAAAAUAACCCGCCGAGAGUUCCAAAUACCCCGUUUAAUCGCGAUACUGCGCUAAAUAAGUUAUUUUUUGUGUGUUCCCCUCGCGAUGGUCGUUUUUACCGGGUUCAAGCGGUUGAUUUUUCGCCGAAAAACGAUUGGGUUCAAUUAUUUUUCGUGGAUAAAGGUUUUUGUGAGAUUUUAAAAGUUGUUGAGAACAAGUUUUAUCCCCUCGAGUUAUUAAACGACGUUAUUAAUCAGUUUCCGGGGCAAGCGAUUAAAGUGAAAUUGGAAUUAAAGCGAAUCCCGGAGCAUUUCCAGCGGAAAUUGCGCGAAAUCGUCCCGGAGGAUUUCCGGGUUUUGUUGAAAGUCGUCGGGGAGGAAUUUGGGGAGGAUAAUUGUUCGUACAACGUUGUGAAGUUGUUUAAAAGGGUUGGGGAUGUUUUGUGUUUGGUGAAUGAGUCGAUUAGUUUCGAUGAUGAGCAGUUGCAGAGGAGCAUGAGGUCGACCCCGGAACGCCUGCAAAGAUUGUUGUCGGUGACUCCUUCGAGCGGGAAUCUUAUGGAGCCGGUUUUGCCGAAAUUGGACGAAUUCUUUGACGUUCAAAUCCCCACGGCUGUUAAUCCUUGGAAUUUUUUCGUCCAACCGUACUCGUCGAAACUAAAAUUGGACGAGAUGAUGCAAAAUAUUCAAGCGGAGUAUGAAAAGGCGAAUUUUAGCCCUCUCCAAUUGGACGAUGUCAACCCAGGGAAGAUUUAUGCCUCAAAGUUCGAAGAUGGAAAAUGGUAUCGAACUUCCAUUAUGAAAGUAAUCAAUUCUAGUUCGAUCUCGGUUUUUUAUUGCGAUUUUGGGUACUACUCAAGUGUUUCUGUGAACCAAUUGUUUCCAUUAAACUCUCAUUUCCUUCAGUUACCGUGCCAAGCAAUAAAAGCGAAGCUUUAUGGAAUCGCCCCAAAACAAUCAAAAUGGACGGUUAAUGAUUGCACGAUCUUUCAAGAAAUGGUCUGCCGGAAAGCGAUGGUCUCAAAAAUAAAAGCAAUCGAAAAAGAUGAGUUGUAUCAAUGCGAUAAUGUUUUAUUGUUGGAGUUGAUUGAUACAACAACCGAUGUUGAUGUUUAUAUCGAUAGGGAGUUGAUUAGAAAGGGGGUUGCCGUUAAAAGAGUCUAAAAAGUUAGGUUAGGUGUAGUUAGGUUGCCAAAAUAAAAAAAAAUUUAAGAAUC